CUGCUGGGCUUUUUCCUUCUAUAGGGAAAGCAAAGCAACGGAGCAGAGCUCUCUCUUGUCUUCUUAGCCCUGGACCAGGCAUGUGCAAAGAGGGAAGAGCAUAAAGGAAGAGGAGAAACAAUUGCAUUUGCAACAUCUCUCUCUCUCUCUCUCUCUCUCUCUGUGUCUCCUAAAAUCCCCUCCAUCUGGGGAAGCGUUUUGAUUUUUGCAAGGGAUAACUUUGUUGCAAGAGAAGCCAUCAAUCUGGAGAGCAAAGUGCCUGACCACGGGAAGCAUCUUUGCUUUCUCGCCCUGGAGGUUUCAGCUGGAGAGGCGGAAAGGGCGCUGCAGCGAGCCAGGAACGACCCGCCUGCAGCCAUGGAGAGCGGGAUGCAGCUCCUGAACCGGGAUGGCCACAGCAUCUCCCACAACUCGAAGCGGCACUACCACGACGCCUUCGUGUGCAUGAACCGCAUGCGGCAGCGGGGGCUGCUCUGCGACAUCGUCCUGCAUGUGGCGACCAAGGAGAUCAAGGCCCACAAAGUGGUGCUGGCUUCCUGCAGCCCCUAUUUCCAUGCCAUGUUCACAAAUGAGAUGAGCGAAAGCCGGCAGACCCAUGUCACACUCCACGAUAUUGAUCCACAGGCGCUGGAACAGCUGGUCCAGUAUGCAUACACUGCUGAGAUUGUGGUAGGAGAAGGGAAUGUGCAGACGUUGCUUCCGGCUGCCAGUCUCCUCCAGCUGAACGGUGUGCGGGAUGCUUGCUGCAAAUUCCUCUUGAGCCAGCUGGACCCCUCCAACUGCCUGGGCAUCCGGGGCUUUGCGGACACGCACUCCUGUAGUGAUCUGUUGAAGUCGGCCCACAAAUAUGUCCUUCAGCACUUUGUGGAUGUGUCCAAGACAGAAGAGUUCAUGCUUCUGCCUCUCAAGCAGGUGCUGGAUCUUAUUUCCAGUGACAGCCUCAAUGUACCCUCAGAAGAAGAAGUCUACCGAGCUGUUCUAAGCUGGGUGAAGCAUGAUGUAGACAGCAGAAGACAGCAUAUUCCCCGACUCAUGAAGUGUGUCCGCCUUCCUCUCCUGAGCCGAGACUUCCUGAUGAGCAACGUUGACACAGAGCUGCUUGUGCGGCACCAUUCGGAGUGCAAAGACCUUCUCAUUGAGGCCCUCAAGUACCACCUGAUGCCUGAGCAGAGAGGGGUUCUUAGUAACUGCCGAACCCGCCCCAGACGCUGUGAGGGGGCCAGCACCGUUCUGUUUGCUGUGGGUGGAGGCAGCCUGUUUGCCAUCCAUGGGGACUGUGAGGCCUAUGACACUCGGACAGACCGAUGGCACAUGGUGGCUUCCAUGUCUACUCGCCGAGCCAGGGUCGGCGUCGCUGCCAUUGGGAACAAAUUGUAUGCUGUGGGAGGCUAUGACGGAACAUCAGAUUUGGCCACGGUGGAGUCGUAUGACCCUGUCACCAACUCAUGGCAGACGGAGGUGUCUAUGGGAACCAGACGGAGCUGCCUAGGAGUGGCCGCCUUGCAUGGACUUCUCUACGCUGCUGGAGGGUAUGAUGGAGCUUCCUGUCUCAAUAGUGCUGAGAGAUACGAUCCUCUGACAGGCACCUGGGCCUCCAUUGCUGCUAUGAGCACCAGAAGGAGAUAUGUCCGGGUGGCAACGCUAGAUGGCAAUCUCUAUGCUGUUGGGGGAUACGACAGUUCUUCGCACUUGGCGACUGUGGAGAAGUAUGAGCCCCAGAUCAACACAUGGACUCCAAUUGCCAAUAUGCUCAGUCGCCGUAGCAGUGCUGGCGUAGCUGUUUUGGAAGGGAUGCUGUAUGUGGCUGGCGGCAAUGAUGGGACCAGUUGCCUUAAUUCGGUGGAGCGCUACAAUCCAAAAACCAACACUUGGGAAAGCGUGGCACCGAUGAAUAUCCGGAGGAGCACGCAUGACUUGGUGGCCAUGGACGGGUGGCUGUAUGCAGUGGGCGGCAACGACGGCAGCUCCAGCCUCAACUCCAUCGAGAAGUACAACCCGCGCACAAACAAGUGGGUGGCGGCAUCGUGCAUGUUCACGCGCCGCAGCAGCGUCGGCGUGGCCGUGUUGGAGCUCCUCAACUUCCCGCCGCCUUCCUCGCCCACCCUCUCGGUGUCCUCGACGAGUCUUUGACAAAGAGUCCGGUCGCACCUCGCCUCGAGGGAACUGCAGCAUCUGUCGGAGCGCCAAGCCAGCCUGGCCUGACCCCUGCGGCCGCCACUCUCUGUGACGAGAGAGAGCAGGAGAGCAAAGGCAUUGAUGCUGCGCUGAGACAUUUUUAGUACUGACUUUUUCAUAGGGGGCCCGUUUCUGGCUCAGGUGGUGCAGCCCCGAGAGCGGAUCUAGACCACACCUCCUUAAACAACAAGAGUCCUCUUGGUUUUCACCAUCCGUUCCAUCUUUUACUCAGCUGAUUCUGUCUGGUUCUCCCAGACCGGACUCAACCGUCUCCUGUUUCCAAGAUUGAUGCAACGAAGAGGUUAGGGCCACAGCAACAUCAAGGCUGGCAGGGGGUCCCUUGUGUCGGCUGCGCCAACAGCUGAAUGUAAGCUGUGAAUGUCACAAUUAGCCAAAACCUCUUACCAAGCCUAUACAGCGCACUGCUCAAGACAAAGAGGUGAUGCCUCUCCUGCGGGUGUCUAUCGAAAGGGAUGCCUUAAAAGAAAAUAGAAUAAGCAAACUAAAACUAAGACUAACAACAGGGCUGGGAAGAGGACAGAAGCAUCACGUUCUCUGUGGCCCAUCAUUAUUAUCGGUCUGGGUAUGUGCCAUCUCCUCAGACAUUUCCUUGCAUUCUUGGAAGGCAUGGGUUUGAUAACAUCCUCCGGUCCGCUGGCUCUGUUAAGCUUUUCUUCUCCUCUUCUCCCCCCAUCUUCCGUCCCACUUUGAGAACACACCAGUCUAAAGUAUAGACUGCACCUUCAAACGGCUGCUCUGGGAUCUUACUUGGAGAGCGACACCCUGUUUGCUAACAGGACGGACUACUCUUGCGUUCAUACCACUUUGUGUUCAUUACACUUUCGUUUUUAAUGCUUAUAUUUUAAAACUGUUUAAUUUGUUGUUGUUUUUAAUUUUCAAGCAACCUUGUUAUUAUUUAUUUGUUAUUUAUUUAUUUACGUUUUGCAUGGAGAGGGGUUUCAGAAAGCGAGGAAGAGCCUGAUGUGGCGCUUCGCUUGAACAACAGCAACCCUGAUGCAUAUGACCAGCUAAAAAGCAGGUGCAACCUAUGGGGAUUGAGUGUUGUGUGUAUGUGUAUAGGAAAGGGGUUAGCACUGUUAUUUUAAUAUAGUAAUCCCAGUUAUACAGCCCUUGCUUUCCAUUGAAAUUAUUAUGCAGUGGAACUGUUGCACAGGUUUCCCUCUCUCUGAAUAGUGCUGCACAAGCCCUAUUCAGCUCCUGCUGUUGCACUACGUCCAUUCAUUUCACAGUUGUGUUGUACAAGCCCUUUCAUUUCAAGCUGUCAGGGCGCAUUCAUUUCAGUGGCGUUGUGCAAUUCUCACAGUGCCCUGCUAAUUUCAGGAUGUUCUUGCACCAUACCCUUUCGUUUCAGAGCAUGCCGUUUCACAGUUAUUGUUCGGAUCUUGGUAAUUUCCAGUGCUGUGGCACAUGCCCAUUCAUUUCAGAGACAUGUGCAAUUUCCAUCCAGAUAUGCUCAGUUCAGAAUGUUGUUGCAGAAUCCCCAUUUCUGCAAAGGUAUGCUGUAUUCUCGCAUGCCUUUAAUUUUUGCUGCAGGGGUACAAAUCCAGCUUCCUUUUGGAUCGUCACUGGCAUAAUCUAAUUUGGAAAGAAGAAAAGGGCUGCACCUACAUCUGUGUGACUCAAGAAAGAGCAAGCCAGCAGAUGCCAUAUGUGAAUAAGAAGAACCAGCACUUGAAAAGCCACGGUCACCAUAUUGACCGACCCGUGGAACAUAAUGUACAUUUUGAGUUCAGUUUGCACAGUUAAUCCCAACAGUUUUAGUGUUGGAGAUCCACCUGCACCAUGGAAUCCUUUCUUUUGGGGGGAAGGAGGUUGCUUAAGGAAAGGUUGCACUGCAUUAGACAUUGUGUUUUGUUUGACAUUUGUUUAUCUAGCUAUGAUAGAGAACCUGGGGGAAGAGAGGGAUCGGGGUCAACAGACAACCCAUCUGAGGACAUCUGCAGUCUCUUCCUACCAAUCACACUCUUGUACCUCAGUAGCCUCCGGACACUAUUCUGCAAUUGUAGCUGAACUGAUUUAGCUUACAGUUAUUUUAUUUAUUUGUUUAUUUAUUCUGUUUGUUGUCCUUUUUAAAUAUUUCCACAUCCACAUCCUUCUCUUUAUUCAAAUACUCCUUCUGAUUCUUGGCCUUUCCCUUCUGUCCAUCCCUCUAUCCUUCCUCUCUCUCUCUCCUUCCUUCCUUCCUUCCUUCCUUCUUUCCUCUCUCUCUUUCUCUACUCCCUCCCUCCCUCCCUUCUUUCCUUUCUCUC